GAAUGAGUGAAACGACUCUGUUGGCAAACUGCUAACACUGGAAAAAAUUCGCAGCGGACAAUAAAUAUUCUGAUUGAACAGGUAAUGAUUUCAUCGGUCAAAAAUACCGAAUGAGCGUUACUGCUAAAUUACAACACUCUUUCCUUCCUCCUCCCUUCUUUUUUUUUUUUCUUUGCCUCCUCUGAAGUUUAUACGGGCAAUUCAGCAACAUUAGAACAUAUCACCAAGACUGAAGAAUUAAAUGAUCAAAAGCUUAAAGUGGUUAAUUUUUCUACCCAUAUUCAACUUCUGUUGUGCUUUGGCACUCUUUUUGGCGUUACUGCUACUAUGGGUCACCGCAGGCGAACCCAAAUAUAAAGCCAAUGAGAGUAACAUCGUUUAUAUUAGUGACGUUGGGGCUGUCCAUAAGACGCUGUUCAUCGUAAUUGGUACUGUUAUUGGAGUGCUGUAUGUGGUAACACUCGUGCUGGAUUACGUUCUGCGGCGGAGAAAGCUGCUACGUCCAAUGGAACGCCGAAAGUCAGAAAAACCAUUAGCAAUUGCAGCGAUCUUUUUUGGAUUUAUUGCCUGCCUAGGACUCAUUCUUCUCACCAUCUUUGACGCAUUCAACCAUAGCACACUGCACUGGACCUUUGCCCUCAUUUUCUUCGUCGGUCUAGCUAUCAGCGGGGGCUUCAAUGUAGCAAUGAUUGCUUUGCUUCACAAGGAUCAUCCUAAAAGUCGACUACUAAAGUGGAGCUAUCGUAUCAAAAUCUGUAUCAUUGUCCUUGCAGUCAUUUGCCUAAUUUGUAUGAUAGUCUUGAUGAGCGUAUGCUCAAAAUCAUCCAACAAAUAUGACGCUCAAGGCAAUUUGUCAACGUCGUGCAACAAAGAAGAUAGCGCCUCUGCUGUAUUCGAGUGGUGCAUUGCAUUUCUGUUUUCUUUCUAUCUCGCAACAAAUACACUCGACUUGUGGCCAUAUCGAGGUGCGAACAUCAUUGCUAAUGAGCUCAGCACGACAAUGUCACAAAUCACGCAAAACGCUUAAAGCCAUCGACAUAAUACCUCGCGGAGCAUUACCUGACUUUACCUACAACAAAUCCUUCAUCCACUGAUUACCGCCAAAUUUAGCAUAAAAGGAUACCCUGGUAAGAGCGACACGUUGGUACUAGGCUAAACGUGUUACGCUUUUGUAACCUGUAUUGGGCACCAAUAGUUAGCUACCCAAGUAUUGCCAUUUAUUUUAAUGCCAUCUUAUCGCAUUAGAAUGCGGCUGAAUAAACCGACCAUAGACUGGGUCAUUAUUUUACGUUGACACCAAGUGCG